AUGGACAGCAGGGCGCGGAGCUCUUCGAGGGAGGCGCAGCGGCGGGGUGGCAGGUCCUCCUCUAGGGAGGACAAGCGGGCGAAGGCCGAGAGGGGCAGCAGAGGCCGCGUGCGCCGGGAGGCUGGGUCAGAGCGGCGGAGCGCCGACCGGACGGGGACCCGGGGGGAGCCCCGAGCUCCCGCCGCCACCGUAGUGGACGUGGACGAGGUUCGGGGCUCCGGUGAAGAGGGCACCGAAGUGGUGGCGCUGCUGGAGAGCGAGCGACCAGAGGAAGGUGUCAAGGCCUCUGGGUUAGGGGCCUGUGAGUGGCUUCUUGUCCUUGCCUCCCUGCUCUUCAUCGUCAUAACUUUCCCUUUCUCCAUCUGGUUCUGCAUCAAGGUUGUACAAGAGUAUGAAAGAGUAAUUAUAUUCCGACUGGGACAUCUGCUUCCUGGAAGAGCCAAAGGUCCUGGCUUGUUCUUUUUUUUGCCCUGCCUGGAUACCUACCACAAGGUUGACCUCCGUCUUCAGACCUUGGAGAUACCUUUCCAUGAGGUGGUAACGAAAGAUAUGUUUAUAAUGGAGAUAGAUGCUGUCUGCUACUACCGCAUGGAAAACGCCUCUCUUCUUCUAAGCAGUCUUGCUCAUGUGUCCAAAGCCAUCCAGUUCCUGGUGCAAACCACCAUGAAGCGCCUCCUGGCGCAUAGAUCCCUCACUGAAAUUCUUCUGGAAAGAAAGAGCAUUGCCCAAGAUGUAAAGGUUGCCUUGGAUUCAGUGACCUGUAUUUGGGGGAUCAAAGUGGAGAGGACUGAAAUUAAGGAUGUGAGGCUGCCGGCUGGGCUUCAGCACUCUCUGGCUGUGGAAGCUGAGGCACAGAGACAGGCCAAAGUACGGAUGAUCGCUGCAGAAGGGGAAAAGGCUGCUUCUGAGUCCCUGAGGAUGGCAGCUGAGAUUCUGUCGGGCACCCCGGCUGCUGUUCAGCUUCGAUACCUGCACACUCUUCAGUCAUUGUCCACAGAGAAGCCCUCCACUGUGGUUUUGCCUUUACCAUUUGACAUGCUAAACCUUCUGUCUCCUCCUAGCAGCAGAGCACAAGGAAGCAUCAACUACCCAAAUUCUUCCAAACCUGUUGAACCACUAAAUCCCAAAAAGAAGGACUCUCCUAUGUUAUAGGGGUGAAUUGGCAAAA